AUGCCGGCUUUUUCCAGAGCGAAGCUACCACGGCAGCAGAAGACGGCCCUAGCUGAUGUGUUUGGUUUGGGCUUUUCAUGGCUCACUGUUUCCCGCUCGUUCAGCAUUUGCAUCGUCUCUGUCCUCCACCUCCUGGUUCCCAUCGAAAACAACCGAAAGAACUUUACACCAUCGCUCAAGACAUAUGAGCUGUUCGACUCGACAUCCAACAUGACGACACUCAUGUUCUUGACGAGUGCAAAAGUCAAUGCUGCCAUCACUUGUGCAUGUAUCAUGAUUCUCAAGCCGCUUAUUCAGCGAUUUUUUCGGUCGGCUAUUCUCCACCCUAAGCCAUUACAUCCACGACCACAGUCUCCUCUUGAUGACCCCUAUUACACGGCACCCACAGCAGAAACUUCCACAGUAGGCGAGGAUCCAGGGACUCACUCACUCUCUCACACAACGACGGCGCCGCUCAAACCCCACCACAACGAGCCCGAUGUCGAAGAUGAAAGCAGGUGGAAUGGGCGCCUUGUCGAGCGUGGACGAAUACGACAACUAUGA